AUGAUCCUCAACGGACAAUGGAUUGUAUUUCUUAUUAUCUUUCUAAUAAACAAAUUAUUUUGUCAAAGCGAAGAGGCAUCUUGCCAUGGAGCUUUUGAUAUUUAUUUCGUUUUAGAUAGGUAAGUAUCCUAGCCUAUACACUAAAUGCAAGAUGUAGUUGAUAUGAACGUGACUUGUUAUGUUUUUAUUUAUGGUGAUGUAUCUUGAAUCAACAUGAUUCAAUAGCAUGUAUCAGGUGUCAGAUUGCAUUUAUCAAGCAUUUUAUUAUCAAGUUGUUGUGUGUGAAAAAAACACAAAUGUGUAACAAGUAGUAAAAAUUCUAAUGUAAAUAGAAUUACAAUUAUAUUUCAGUUUGUAUAGUCCUUGUAUGGGUUUGUUUGGUUUAGAGAGUUUCAAUGUGUGCUCUACAGGUCUGGUAGUGUGUAUGAUAACUGGGGAGAGAUCUAUGAGUUUGUGGAGCAGCUCACCAACCGCUUUGUGAGGUAAACUGUCUAUGCUCUCAGGUCAAGCUCUCUAUGAAGUUAAACUUGCCUUGAAAAUGUCACUAUCCAUCAGGGCAAAGCCCACAUAACUCUCUCCCUCUCUCCCUGUUUCUCCUCUCUCCCUGUUUCUUCUCACUCACUCUCUCUGUCUCUCUCUCCCUUUGUUCUUCUCUCCCUUUCUCUCAUAAAACAACAUUUACACACUAGUGUUCAGUAUAUUGACUGAAUGAGCCCCUUUUAUCAAAGAACAAUUUAUCAAGGACAUGUUUACACAGCAGGAAUCAAUAGAUAAACUAUAGCAAACACGGUCCUGUGAAAGUGGGGCAUAUCUUUAUUGAGCAGAAGCCUAGGCAUUUAACAAAAUGUAGGUCCACCAAACACUAGGAUACUGCAUGCGUGGGAUUAUUUUUAAACUUAAUAAUGGUGUACUAAAUUUAACUCCAGAAACAUUUGGUACAGCUGGCUGUGGUGGCAACUGGUGUGUAAUUGUAGGCUAAUGUAGAAAAAAAUGGUUAGCCGCAAAGGGUUUGGGGAAUAUAUAGCCUCGCUAUUGUUAAUUUACUGCUGCUCUUUAAUUAUUUGUUACUUUUAUUUCUUCUUAUUUUUUUAUUUAAUGUUUUUGUGGUAUUUUGUUUGUGGUAUUCUUUCUUAAAAUUGCAUUGUUGGUUAAGGGCUUUGUUGUAAGUAAGCAUUUCACUGUAAGGUCUACACCUGUUGUAUCCAGCGCAUGUGACAAAUACAAUUAGAUUAGAUUAGAUUUUGAUUUUGAAUAUGGCUAAGUAGAUCUACUGUUAGUGUAGUCUUUUAAAUAUUAAAUGACCAGUCAUUGCUUGAGUUAAUCUGCUUCUGUGUCUUCUUGGGUGUUUAAUCCCGUUCAUCCCCUGGUGUAUCUCUGUGUUUGUUCUAGUCCAAAGAUGAGAGUUUCCUACAUAGUUUUCUCAUCUAGAGCCGAGAUGAUUCUACCACUAACUGGAGACAGGUACUACUACAGGAAACAUCUUUCACCUAGCACAGACAGCACACGCGCUCUCUCGCGGUACACAUCAUCUCUCAGAUAAUACAGGACCUAAAAUGCAUAUUUCUUGUUCCUUUGUAGGUAUGAAAUAGAGGAAGGCUUGAAAAAGUUACGUAAAAUCAGACCGGCUGGUGAAACAUACAUGCACGAAGGAAUGAAAGUGGUAUGAAGUUUUGAUUCAUAGCAUUUAUAUAUAUAUUUUUGUAGUUGUACUGUAUGUGUUGUCCAUUAAAUCAUGGCUUCCUCCAUGUAGGCUUCAGAGCAGAUGAAGGCCCAGGUCACACGGUCAUCCAGCAUCAUCAUCGCUCUGACUGAUGGGAAACUGGAGGUCUAUCCCUAUGAACUGACAGUAGAGGAGGUAAUGCCAUUAUAAUAGACUGUGAUGAGCAAUAAUAUAGUACUUACUUUGCUUUGAGCUCUUACUGGUACACAGCUAUUUUCCAUAAAUGAAUCUAUCGGUCCUCUCUUUUUGCUUCAGGCUAACGCUGCCAGGGAGUUUGGUGCUAGGGUAUACUGUGUCGGUGUGAAGGACUUUGAUGAGAGACAGGUAGGAUUUUGGAGUCUCACUUGACCAAUUGUAGGCUGGAGAAGCACUCACAAACUGCACACAGCCACACACAAACAGUAUCCCUGCUGAAAUAUUUGUUCACAUUGAAAUCUGUUGGAUAAGCAUGCACAAUGCUGUAACAGCUGAUUGAUAUUGAUAACAUAGUGAAAGGAAAAUGAGAGUACCAGGUUAAUGAUUUGAUCGUCUGUCCCUCUCAGCGAGUGUUAGCAGUCUGGACACGAAGUGAUCUGUACUGUAAUCAUCUAAUAAGAUCAAGAUUGUGCCAGUCCUGCUUCCUGUUAUAGUUUCAUUACAUUAGAUGAAAGCCUUGGAAACCAGGCAGGAAAACAUCAACAGAGAGACAGAUUAAUGUACAGACAAUGAGGGAGAGUGCUAUGUUGUACGUUAGAUGUGGAAAGGCAAUCUCUUAGAUGUUGUGUAGUAUCAUACAGUAUGCUUCCUUCUUAUCCCUACAGCUUGUUGACAUUGCAGACAGCAAAGACCAAGUAUUCCCAGUUCUGGCUGGAUUUCAUGCACUCAAAACCAUUGUGAAUUCGGUGAGGUCAGAAUAAUUACAUAGAGCAAUAUGUCAAAAUAAACUUUAAGACACAUACCAUGUAAUUUACAUCAUCUGUAUUUAUAUUUUUCACAGAUUUUGAAGAAAUCCUGCACAGAAAUAUUCAGUAUAGAGCCCACUAAUGUUUGUGUGAAUGGUAUGUUGCAAAGAUUUAGUUUGUUGUUAUACUGAUGAAAUUUGAUCAAUAUUGGUUAACAAUAUUAUUAAUUUGUGCCCAAAAAUCCUAACAUUGUGACCCUCCAUAACAUUCUAGAAUCCUUUAACAUUGUACUGAGAGGAUAUGACUUCACCCGUGGGAGGAGCCAGGAGGGAGUGAUCUGUGUUCUCACAGUCAACCAGAAGACCUACAGUUAGUAUACCGUACCCCAAGCUCCAUAAAGCAUCACAUUCUGCAUUCCAAUAUUGACACACCUACCUACUGUAAGAGUGCAAAUUGACAACAACCCCCUAACUGCGUUACACCACAUUCAUUCAUGUAUAUUACCAGAUGCCACUGUCCUUUGUAGUUGUAUACCAAACAAUGCACUUCAAUGCCAUUCCUCAGGAUUCAAUCAAUUUCAUAAUGGAAAGAGGUUGGUCACCCUGUUCAUUCUAUAGCCAUAGUAAUAAAGUAAUGAGACCAUGUGGGUGAAUGUUGGGGCUCACUAUUUUCCCAAACCAGAGAGAACAGAACAGUGUCUUAUUUAGUAGCUAGAGAACAGAUAUGUCAUUCUGCAGCUAGCUGAGUGCAUGGAGCUGGUCUCAUUGCUUAAUAUAGAACACAACACACAAUGUCUCUUCACUGAGAGGGCGUAGAGCUCACACACCCCUCCCUCUUGCUCUCUCCCAGAUGAGAGGCCUAAUGUGGUGCAGGAUGGCUAUCUGUUGUGUCCUUUCCCUCUCUCCCAGAUGAGAGGCCUAAUGUGGUGCAGGAUGGCUAUCUGUUGUGUCCUUUCCCUCUCUCCCAGAUGAGAGGCCUAAUGUGGUGCAGGAUGGCUAUCUGUUGUGUCCUUUCCCUCUCUCCCAGAUGAGAGGCCUAAUGUGGUGCAGGAUGGCUAUCUGUUGUGUCCUUUCCCUCUCUCCCAGAUGAGAGGCCUAAUGUGGUGCAGGAUGGCUAUCUGUUGUGUCCAGCACCAGUGCUGCAUGAAGCCGGACAGUAAGUGCUGCACUUGAUUCUCUCCUCGUAGAACUUCCUGUAGCCAUAAAUGGCCAGUGAGCUACUGAGCGCGUUCAGUUGGCCAGAUCAAAGGAAUGGCAUGUUGUCUGUUGGUUGCCGUUAGAGCUGAACCACGCAGAAACCCAAGCUCCACUGUCGGAGACUACACACACUUCCAUUCAGGGUGGGCAGUGGGUUCGACGGGUAACGGAUCCAUCACUUUAUAAAAGCAAAAAAAAAAAAAAAUUAAAGAAUAAAAAUAGAAUAAAAGUCUGGUGGAGAUUGGAGAAUGGCCGCUGUUCAGCCCUUUUCCAUUACAGUACCCUGCCUGGUUUCUUUAUAAAAUGUGAACGAAUAGGCUGAACCGAUGUGUAGUGGUGAGACACACCAAAAUGGUUUGGCAUACUGUCAUUAAAACAGUUUAGUACAGGAGGAUAUUUUUGUGAGACUUUGUGACACUGUUAGUGUUUACCCACUGGGCAAAAGCUGGUCGAGUCAACGUUGUUUCCACGUAAUUUCAGCCCCAAAAAUCUAUGUGAUAACUUUGAAUCAACCUGGCAAACUGAUUGGAAAGGGACAGAAAUUCAUAUUUCUUUCACCCAACCUAAAUCCAAUGGCAUUUGUUGUUGAUUUCAUAUUAGUUGACAACUCAACCAAAUGUUAAUCAAAACUAGACGUUGAACUGACGUCUGUGCCCAGCGGGUACCCACUGUUGACCAUGUGACAGUGUUUACCAUGCCCACCAGCCUGUUUGCUAUAGCACAGUGCUCUGGCAUUUCAAUGUAUGGUCUGCCAGGCCGAUACUUAAAUUAAGUUUGACCUGACCUACUUUGUUAGUCUCGCUCUCUCUCAGCAAUAACAUAGAAAUGGGCUGGAUUUUGUUUCUCUCUCAAUAGAUCGAUAGAUGUUCUGAUCAGCUUGAACAAGGGUCAGUCCUACAUCUCAAGUCCAUUCACUAUCUACGCUACAAGAUGUGUGAGUAUCAGUAUCACAGAUAACACCAACACUCAAAACAAAACAGCCUCACUCCACUGACAUUCAGUUUGGUCAGUCUUAGUCCACCAAAGUCUAGUCUGAUAAAGUCCAUGAUAUACAGUAUUAUAUAUGAUAUUUAUGUUUGAUAUAAAGUCAUCUGUUCAAGUCUGUGUUGUGUACCAGGCUGCUUUGUUUACCAUUCAGAUUCAGAUCAACUUUAUUAUCCCACCAGGGGGAAAUUCAUUUGGUCAUGUGCUUAAAAAGACAGUACAUAAAACAUAGAAACUACACAAUAUAAUUAAUUCAGAGUGCUAUAGCUACACAUUUAAAGUGAAAGUGCAAUGUCUCCUGAUGCAGUCUGAUGGGACAGUGGUACUGGUGCUGGUCUUGGUUCUCCUCCUGCUACUGGCUCUGGUUCUGCUGUGGUGGUUCUGGCCGCUCUGCUGCACUAUUGUGAGUGGUUCAACACAGCACUUCUCCCCUUGAAAAAUAGAAACAGUAUGAGUGAAUCAGUUAAAAGGGUUGUUGGUUGAUGUUAGUUUAUAGUACUGGAAGAAGGCUUCUAUUUUACAGGUGAUCAAGGAUCCCCCUCCCCGUCGACCCCCUCCUCCCCCUCCUCCAGCACCUGUGAGUGGAUUGUCGCUUAGAUCCUUUGAACUGUUGUUUAAAUCAACAUGAAAGUGACAUUUGAAAGUCCGUUCAGCUCUUCACAGGGUUAAUGCAGUGUGGUUUCACUGUGUCUCCUCCAUUAGGAGCCUGAGGAGGACCCUCUGCCCAAGAGGAAAUGGCCCAUGGUGGAUGCAUCCUAUUAUGGGGGAAGAGGUAUCGGAGGAAUGAAACGCAUGGAGGUAUGUCGGAAUGAGUAUUACCCCAUACAACCCUAUCUAUUUGGGCUGCAUUAUAUCUUGACAGUGAGUUGUGUCACUUUAUUUUGAGUGAUGUUAGUUACUCUAAGGGUCUGAAUAUAUUAUUUUAGCACAAAAUAACCAAACAGUAUAAAAUGAAAGACGAACUGUAUAAAAUAACCUAAUGUAAACUGUGUAUUAGGUUCGUUGGGGAGAGAAGGGUUCCACGGAGGAAGGUGCGCGGCUAGAGAAAGCUAAGAACGCAGUGGUCACAAUGGUGGAAGAGGAGGUGGAAGAACACAUAAGAAAACCAAUGCCUCAGAGCCCACCCCCUAUCUAUCACAUCCCAGAACAGUCCAGAUGGUACACACCAAUCAAG